AUGAGCACCCCACAACGCAGCUUGAAACGUUUCAGCUUACACCUUUCGGUGGUAUGCCUUUUCAUCUUGGCGGUCCCUGCCGGAUGCCCGGUAGCAAAGCCAGGCGUGACCGAUCGAAUGACGACGGUCACAUAUAUGCCUGACGCAAGUAGUAAGGAGCUAAUUGCAACAGGUGGAACAGGUGCUCUUGUCCAGCUACCGAAGGGUUCACUCAUAAGAUUUUGGAAUGAAAGCGGUAGUUCCUCAAGCCACACAAAGGUCAAGACCAAUCUAGAUAAAAUAUUACCUGGAGGUGACAGGGUCGAACCAGGCGAUGAAAAAAUAGGGGAAAUCCCUGAAUCUUCAAUCUUGAAAACGCAGAUUACAUCAGGGAACCCGAAUGCCUUAGAAAACCAAAAUGGAAAAACUCGCAAUGGACUUAGCAAAAUUCCUGUUCAGUCUGUCAGCAAACCCCCAUCGCGACCUGCGCCGGGAGUUCCAAGACUACCUCCGCCCACACGAGCUCCACCGGAACUACCGGCCUCGCAUGUUCUUCAAGUUACAAGACAAAGGAGUUCUGAAGGUAUUUGA